AGUCACAGUUUUAUUUCUCAUGUGUUGAUAUGUGGAAGAUAUUCUGCUGCAUUUUUAUUUUAAGUUCUUCAAAGAUUUCAUGUCUACAAGACCUUUCAGAAUUCGCACUGGAAGAUCACACAGUAGACAUAAAUGCUGAAGAUGAAAUAAUUAGUGAAUGUGGAGCAAUUAGUGAACCGACUGGAUUGAUUCAAGGUGGAAAUUACUCACAACGUAAUGAAUUUCCUUGGAUGGCAAUAAUUUCUGUAGAAAGUCACAGAAUCAAGUCACACAAAGGAUCAGGAAGUUUAAUAUCUAAAAGACACAUUAUUGCUAAAGCUCGUGCAGUCUCAACUCUCGAAAGUACUAGAUUGUGGAAGCCAGUGGACCCAAAAAAUGUUGAAAUUUAUUUAGGAACAAAAAAGUUUGCAGACUUAAGUGCUGAAGGAUCCUUAAAAGUUGGCGCAUUAAAAAUCCAAAGCUAUCCAAAUGCAAGAAAAGUUUCAAUAAGUUUCAGUAUUUUCAACUUUGCGGUCAUUACACUCGACCAGGAUAUAAGUUUUAAUGACUUUAUACGUCCGAUUUGUUUGUGGAAUUUUGACGCCGAUUUUGAGAAAGAAAUUAUUGGAAAAACAACGUAUGCUGUCGGAUAUGGCGUCGAUGAGACAGGUGCUAUAAGUCUCAAACGUAAACAUGCCAGCACGACUAUUACUGAUGAUGCAACAUGCCAAUAUGAAUAUAAUACGGAACUAGAACAAGGUUCAGAAUCAAAAUUUUUCUGCAUUUUAGGAACUGACAAUAAUAAUAAUGGACCAUGUCACUAUGAUAGUCAAUUAUAUAUUAAGGUCAUGUCUACAUGGUAUUUGAAGGGAAUUAUGUGCUCGGCAAGAAUGUAUUUUGGAUUUAAAAUUUGUGCUGUAUCUUAUCCGAUACUUGUUGAGGAUAUAUCGCCUUAUGUAGAAUGGAUUAAUAAGGAAAUAAAGUAAAAUUUUUAAGAAGUUCAAAAAUUAUUAAAAAUAAAAUUUGAAAAAUUAAUUUU